AUGGCUACCGCGGAAGAUAAAGACGAAAAGCCGGAUGCGCCCAUCCCGCGCCCAAAGCAGCACUCGCGCCAGAAAUCACCGCCGCCUGCAGAGGAAGAUGAAGAGGACGAGGUGAAGCUCACACCAGAAGAGGAAGCAGCCGCCCUGCAAGAGUCGCAGACCAUCAAGGCAGACGCAAAUACUCUCUUCUCAUCAAACGACUUUGAAAAUGCAAUCUCCCGCUACGAGGACGCCCUCCUCCCCCUCCCCAGGAGCGCCUACUUCCCCCGCGCCGUCCUGCACUCCAACGUCGCCGCCUGCCAUCUCAAGCUCGAGCAGUGGAAGGAGGCCGUCAAGUCUGCCACCGCCUCCCUCACCGCCCUCGAGGCCCUGGAGCAGCCGCCCGCCCCCCAACCCAAGGAUGAUGAUCAAGGAGAAGAAGAAGAGGUCGAGGAGAUCGUCAGCGCCGGCGCCGCAAAGGCCCACGACCCAUCCGCCCAGCCCUCCGACAUCCAGCGCAUCCGGAUCAAGGCCCUGCUGCGCCGCGCCCGCGCCCACGCCCAGUCGGGGACGUGGUCGUCCCUGGCCGCCGCCGAGGCCGACUACCGCGAGCUCGAGAAGCUGCCGUCGGGGUCCCUCACGCCGGCCGACGCGAGGACCGUCAGGUCCCAGCUAAGGGAGCUGCCGCCGCGGGUCAAGGAGGCCCAGGAGAGAGAGACGGCCGAGAUGUGGGGGAAGCUGAAAGAUCUCGGCAACGGGCUGCUGAAGCCGUUUGGGCUGAGCACGGACAACUUCCAGAUGGUCAAGGAUGAGAAGACGGGCGGGUACAGCAUGAAUUUCAACCAGGGUAAUGGCUCCAAGUCGUGA